AUGUUUGUCGCCCUCACUGCUUGGCAAGCGCGCCUCCGAGCCAAACUCGUCCCUUGGAGAUCUCUGGCAUGCAAAGCUGCAGGGCCAAAAGGGCCUUCAGAACAGGACUGGAACGACAGCUCCUCUUCUGAAGACAAGCCUUUUGAUCUGUAUGUGCUGGCCCGGCGACUGGGCGUCAAGCCCAAAGACGUGAUCUACACAAUACACGAACUGCAUAGGGAGGGCCUGAAGAUGUACGGAGAGGGUGAUCACAUCCCCAAGAGCGAUGCCCAGGUAAUCUGCGAGUUGGGGUUUGGCGAGCGACUUCCCCCGCGCAAGUUGCCAGAGGCUUGGAUGAAGAAUUUGCACUCGGUGCCCCAGUAUGCGGCUUCAUUGGAACCUGAUGAACGUGACGAGGUGGAAGCUAGCGAUGAACCUGGUUCCUCGGCGCAGGGUAGAGAAGAUGAUCUAUUGAAAGCUCGCCUGGCAAAAACAUGUGGCACUCGACCAACGAAACGCCUUUUCCAAGAGCUGCGGAAAGAAGGCUUCCGCAUGGGAGGAGACCGCGGGUUCCACAUCUACAGCCGCUCCGGGAAAGAGUUCGUGCUAAAUCGGCCGACCCAGUGGGAUGCCGCUGUACACUUUGAGAGGAUGUGGUCCUUUGUGAAGGCAGAGCGUUGGCCAGGUCAGUUCUGCGAGAGAUGUCGCGAGUGGGUUCCACAGGCAGAGUUGGAUGAGGCUGAAGAGCUAGGCUCCGUGGGAUAUGCAGCUGGAUGCCUUGGAACUUGUGCGACUGCAAGGCAGCGUACCAAAUAA